UCUCAUUGGCUCACUUUGUCUUUCGUUCUCAGCGAAGCAGCAAAGCGAGGCUGUCUGUGGGUCAAAACAUUUCACUUUAGAAAAUCUGCAAAAUGGAGACCCUGGUCUUCGUGGUCCUCCUGGGAACAGGUCUACAUGUGGCGGUGGCAGUCAAACACUCCCUGAAGUAUUUCUACAUUGCGUCUUCUGGACUCCCAAACUUCCCGGAGUUUGUGGCCGUCGGUUCUGUUGAUGAUGUUCUUUUGGGUUCCUGCGACUCCAACAAAAAGACACCAGAAGCCAAACAGGACUGGAUGAAAAAGUUAUUCCAAAUCGAUCCUUACCAUUUUGAGAUGUACAACCAGGAAUGUUUGAUAAAUAUGCCCAACUUCUUGAAAGCCACGAUUCAUACGUUGACGCAGCGCUUCAAUCAAAGUGGAGGUGUCCAUGUUUUACAGAGGAUGGAAGGCUGUGAGUGGGAUGAUGAGACUGGAGAAGUUAACGGUUUUAGACAUUACGGUUAUGAUGGAGAAGACUUCAUAUCAUUUGACCUGAAGACGUUGACAUGGAUCACACCAAAACCACAGGCUUUCAGCACCAAACUGAGUUGGGAUGCUGACAAAACAGAAAUAAAAUACAUGGAGAUAUUCUUCACUCAGAUUUUCCCUGAGCGACUGAGGAUGUAUUUGGCUUAUGGCGAGAGCUCUCUGCUGAGAACAGAUCUUCCCUCAGUGUCUCUCCUCCAGAAGACUCCCUCCUCUCCAGUCAGCUGCCACGCUACAGGUUUCUACCCUGAGAGAGCCACACUCAGCUGGAGGAAAGAUGGAGAGGAGCUUCAUGAGGACGUGGAGCUCGGAGAGAUCCUCCCCAACCACGAUGGAACCUUCCAGAUGAGUGCUGAGCUGAAGCUUUCAUCAGUCACACCUGAGGACAGGAGCAGGUACACCUGUGUGUUUCAGCUCUCAGGUGUGAAGGAGGAGAUCGUCACCAAACUGGACAAAGCAGACAUCAGGACCAACUGGGGUAAGACUGAGGUUCCAGUUCCUCCCUCAGAGUUUCCUACUGGUGCAGUUGUUGGAGUUGUUGUAGGACUUCUGCUGCUGACACUCUGCAUCUGUGGACUCCUCAUGUGGAGAAGGAACAGAACUGGAUUCAGACCAGCAGAGACCCAACCUCCACCUGCUCCUGACGACGACUCUGAGGCCUCUGAGAACCUGAAUGAGAUAACAUAAGAACUUUAUUGAUCCCGCAGGAAAUUGUUGUGCCAGGGUUGCAAUGCAAAGAAGCCUACAAAAGUAGAAAGUAAUUUCCCCACAAAAUACAAUAAUAUAGUACAAUAGACUACCACCAGAGUACAAUAAAAAUAACAGAGUAUAUACAUGAGAUAUAGAUAAUGGCAGAUAAGGUGCGGAUACAAUCUUAAAGUGUUAAUUGUAGUGCAGGAUAAAUUGUUUUGUCCUAUGUGGAGAAAGGGGAUGAGUUGAAGAGUCUGAUAGCCACAGGGAGGAAGGACUUCCUGUGGCGUUCUGUGGAGCACCUCGGUGGUCUCAGUCUACGACUGAAGGUGCUGUGGUAGGAUUCCAGUGUGGCCUGCAGGGGGUGUGACUUGUUGUUGAGGAUGUUGAGCAGUUUCCUCAGCAUCCUCUGCUCAGACACCUCUGCCAGAGACUGCAGUUCCACUCCCAGGACAGAGCCAGCUCUCCUGAUGAGCUUAUCGAGCCUGUUGGCAUCAGCUGUCUAUCCAAGACCUGUUGACAAACGUACUGGAUGAGUUCCUGCAUGUGACUUGUAUCACAUUAUGCAGCUUCGCAGAAGUAAAAGAGACUGAAAGAUGACUUCCUGCAAUGAAAGUGUCAUAGUACUUAUAAUUCAUUUGCCUAAUGCGUAAAUGAUACAAGUCAUAGUUUUAUGUCACUUUAUCCAUUUCUAUUUGACAUUUAAAAUCAGUUGUAAAAACUGUGUCCAACGUUUUCAUGAAUCUUUAUGUUGUCAAACCACCUGAGUCGCCAACUGGAGGCUGUUGGUGAGGCUGGUUGAACCUGAUAGACGGUGAUGGUGGUUGGACUGAGCGAGACAAAGCUUUCACAUGAAGUUUCCUGUCAAGUCAGUCAGUGUAGUUUAGCCUGAGCAGAUACAAUGUAGAUAUAAGACUACAGAGCGUCUGCUGUUUGCUCUGGUGAGUGAAGGACUUAAAGGCAGCUUGAGGACACGUCAGGUUGGUGUUGUGUUCAAAACAUCACUAACAUGAAUACUGGGCUUCCAUGGCAACGCACAGCCAACGUUUGGCACAAAGUGUCCAACUUGUUACUGAGUAUUGAUGAGCAUAAAUGGAUGAGAAAAUUGAAUGUGUUGCUCUUUUCAUUUGUACUUCACUUUUCAAUAAAGUCCACAACUUUCAAA